AUGGAGCCCAACAGACUUCUGCUUGAUUCUAUCGAGAAGGCGAAAAGACAGGCAGUGCCCGCGGCUUGCCAAUUCUGUCGCUCAAAGCGAACCAAAUGUAACGGCGAACAGCCAUGCGCGGCAUGUGCGAAACGCGAGAUCGAGUGUAUAUACGUCACAAAGCCAGAGGAGAACGAAACGCGACAGCAGGCCCACAAGCGUAAAUAUGAGGAACUUUCGCAAGCGCACCAGGACCUACAAAGCAUAUACGAGAUUCUGGCCCAUCCAAAGAACGAACACCGAGCACUGGACGUCUUCCGCAGAAUACGUAACGGGCAAAUGCCUCAUACGAUAUUGAGGGAACUCCGGCAGGCAGAACUACAACGCCCAGUCAACGUGACACGUGAACAGCAGCUGCGGCAGAAUUUCCUGGUUCUACUUGCGCAAUCCACUGCGUCCUUGGAAGAAGUCAAAGCUGUGGCAGCACGGGUGCUUAGUCCCCAGUCAUCAAUCACACUUCCGACGAAGAACGAUUGCAGAUCACUGCUGGACAGCACCAUCUCCCUUGGAGAUGUCAUAGAUAUCCUGUGCGAGGUUAACCCUUCCAUGCAACGAGAACCAUUUCUCGAUGCUAUCGGCGCGGCUCCCGGAGCUUCAAGCAGUCCCAUGGAAACAGACCUCGAUCCGAAGUACUGGGUGCCAGCGAGGCCGUGGACGGAACUGAUGGACAGUGAUUCGAUAUCGCAAUUGGUCUCGGUCUUCUUCACGCUCUCGAACACGUCCUGGAGAUUCGUUGAGCCACGCUUGUUUCUGCGCGACAUGAGGAGCGGAGACGUGAAUGCCCGAUAUUGCUCUCCCCUGCUUAUAAAUGCCAUAUCGUCACUUGCUUCGCAAUACUCCGAAACUGAUGUGGCAUUCACCCAAGCCGGAAACCUUGCCACUCGUGGGGAACGUUUUCACCGAGAAGCGAUACGGCUUUGGGACCUAGAGGAAGGGAAGGGCUCGGUCACAAACAUGCAGGCCUUGAAUAUCAUGCAUUUGGACGCUACGCUUCGUGGCAAAGAGGCUCUUGCCGGCACGCUUCUGGCUUCGGCAGUCAGUCUUCGACACUCCUUCUUGGACGCGCACAAUGACCACGAUGUCGUCGGACCAGAAGACACUCGCACCAAACGCAUACUCGCGGCAACAACGAUUUGCAUGGAGCUUAUCUUUCAUUUCACGCUCCUUGCUCGAUCGUACUCAUUCACAUAUGCAUCGUACGACGCACUUAACCUUGAUGAGGUCUUGCCAGACACGGUCAUCUACUGGACUGCUGGGGAUUUCAGACGCGAGCCUAUACCGUAUCAUAUGAAUAUCCAGUUACGUUACCGAUGUAGGCUUGCAACAAUACUGAAGGAAGUAUGCCAGGCCCUUUUAUCUCACCAGUCGCAACCAACACCUGCAGAUUUCGCACAACAGACGGGAAACCUUGCGACCCGCUUGCGCCAAUGGUACUUUGAUCUCCCAGAAUCUCUCCAAUACAAGAAAAUCAUGACAUGGGGCCUAUACGAAUUGCACGCUGAAUAUCUCAGCAUCAUGAUGACCCUCCACAUCAAAACAUCUGAGAUCCUGUUCGCCGAGUCAAACUCAACCAGCAACAACGACGCAAUAGGCAACCACAACGCCGGCCAACUCCGAGACCACCUGCGCCAACAAGCCCUGCAAUAUGCUGGCCAAGCUGCCACUGUCGCUCGAGACUUUCGCGAGACUUACGGACUGAAGAUCAACACGCCCUUCAUCAUACACGCCAUGGGCUUAGCAAGCUUCAUCUUCAUCACGGAUCUUCAACAAAAGACACGGCAAUGCAGCGCCGAUAUCCAACGAGCCGAGCACGCUCCCUCCGUCGCGGAGCUCAAGCCGGCGUUUGAAGAGUGCUUCCGAUGCAUGCUCAGUGCUGGGAUGCAGCACAUGAAUCCUCGCGCCGUGGUCAGGAUGAUGUACCGCGCUGCCACUGCUCUGAACAUCACACUGCCGGACAGUGCGCUGCAGAUGUUGCAGAUUGUCAAUGAUAACUCGUGGAGGCCCUUGUACACGGAUGAUAGUGAUGCUACGCAGGGCAUUGACGAGAUACUGCAGGGUGGGCAGCGGCGGUAUAUUGAGAGGGGUCAAUAUGAGAUGGAGGACUUGCUGAAGAUGUGGGAGGAGAUGAGGCUGCAGGAUAAGUCGAAUUUGUUGAGCGGUGAGGAUGAGGCAGCGCAGAGCAGUGGGAGUGCCGAAACGCCCUAG